AUGACAUCACAAUGAACUAUUUUAAAUCAAUAUGGCCGUUCUAUACUAAGCUAUACUAAGUGACCAACUUACCAGCGAUGUAAUUGAACAAUAUUUUAAAUUGCGUGCAUUACCACAGUCGCAUCCUUAACUCUUCCGUUUCAUUGAUAAGAAUUAACCUGACAAUUAAAAGUCUAAGAGAUGAAAUUAAGUCAAACAUUUGAUAAAACAAGACACUGGCAAAUAUGUUGCGUGGUAAUCUUGGACGAUCUCUAAGGAUUGUUGGUCUCGAGUUGUACUCGUUAAAUUCACCAAGAGCUAGUCGAAUUUCUAAGCGACCUUUACACGGUCAAUGCGAUGGCACGAAUUGUGGUAGGAACGUGGAAAACGUCUACAAGAAUUACAAGAGGAUUCGACUCAACGAUGGAAGUUAUAUUCCAACGUUUGGUCUCGGUGUCUGGAAGAUCUCAAGCGGUUCAGACACGUUGAACGCUGUAACAUGGGCUCUGAAAUCAGGAUAUCGGCAAAUUGAUACCGCAGCUCGUUACGGGAACGAGGCAAGUGUUGGUCGGGCUAUCAGAGAAUCAGGAAUACCAAGAGAAGAGAUUUAUGUGACCACGAAACUGUACGAUGAUAGUCAUGGUUAUAAUGAAACACUUCAAGCCUUUCAUAAAAGUUUGAAUCGUUUAGGAUUAGAUUACAUUGAUCUUUAUCUCAUUCACUCUCCGCUAAAUGGAAAGAUAUUGCCAACGUGGAGGGCAAUGAUGGAACUUCAAAACAGAAGACUUGUAAGGUCAAUUGGUGUAUCAAAUUUUGGCAUCCACCAUUUGGUUGAAUUGCAGAAAGCUUUGGACGUUUUACCGGCAGUAAACCAAAUUGAAGUUCAUCCUUUUUUGCAAGAAACGCCAUUGGUGAAAUACUGCGAGGAAAAUAACAUCGUCGUUCAGGCGUACUCACCACUCGCCAACGGCCGAAAAUUGAACGAACCCAGCGUCGUUAAAUUGUCCACGAAAUACAAACGAAGUCCGGCCGUGAUUCUCAUACGAUGGUGUUUGGAAAAAGGUUACGUUUGCAUCCCAAAGAGCAGCAAUAAGGCAAGAAUUGAGGAAAACAUCACUGCUUUUGAUUUUGAGUUGGAAACAGAUGAUGUGGAAUUUUUGGACAGCCUCGAGGAAGGUUUCCGUACAUGCCAUGAUAAAAUUAAGCUGCCCUGGACAGGUUAAGAAUGUUUCAAGGAUUUCGCUGUAAUUUUAGGUGUCUUGGUAUAUACAUAUUGUGUGGACGCUAUGUUAUGGCAGUUAUGCCUUUUCAUCAGCGUACGCAUGUAAAAGUUUAUUUAUGCAUGCAUGUAUACAGAGACGAAGAUUAAUUAUAAGUCAAAGUUUGAAGUA